AUGACCGCACUUGAAGCGGCAGUAAGAGGAGUACCAAAACGAAUUGAUAAAAAACAAGAAGAAAUAAAUAUUGUUGUUAAAAGUUUAUUAGCAGUGAUGAUGAUUUUAUGGGAUUAUGAUAAAAAAGAAAUACAACAACAUCCAUCUGUUCCAGCUCACGGUCGAGUCAGAACCCCUCCACUUCUUCUAUCAACAACAACUCCUCUCGUGCCACUAACACCAGCAACAAUUCCUCUUCAACCUCGAACAAUAGCAACAGCAAAUCCUCGACCUCCUGUCCCGUCUCGAACAACAACAAAUCCUUACCCUCCUCUCCCAUCAUCAACAACAGCAACAAUAAACUAUCUCUGUCUCCGAUUUUUAUCUUAUUUUUUUGUCAAAUAA